AUGGCUGAAAAGAACGAAAGUGGCCGACUCGUGCCAGCAACGUUAUUGCUUGAAUGUGACGAGGGUGAAAGAGCAUUUCACGGGCAGAUGUUCGGUCAUUUUGGAAAUGUCAGCGGUGAAAUAGUGUUCCAAACUGGAAUGGUUGGCUAUGUGGAAUCACUGACGGAUCCUUCGUAUGCAUCACAGUUACUGGUACUUACAUAUCCAUUAAUUGGUAAUUAUGGUGUUCCCAACGAAGAGUUCGAUGAGUAUGGCCUGUCUCGUCAUUUCGAAUCCACUAGCAUUCAGCCGGCUGCACUUAUCGUCAAUCGGGUUUGUCCGUAUGGUAGUGAAAGUCAUUGGCAGUCAAAGCGUUCUAUACACGACUUUCUGAAGGCAUCAAAAGUACCUGGUUUUACUGGUGUUGACACACGCAUGCUGACGAAAAUUAUUCGAGAGAAAGGCACAAUGCGUGCUAGGUUGAUCUAUGAAGGGUCUAAAGAACCGAUACCACCUUAUAUUGAUAUAAACGCCGAAAAUUUGGUAGCGAAAGUUUCCGUACAGAAACCACAAACGUUCGGAAAUGGUUCAAUUCGUAUACUGGCUGUUGACUGCGGUAUGAAAAAUAAUCAAUUACGAAUUCUUCUGAAACAUAAUGUUACCGUCACUGUGGUACCAUGGAAUUAUGCAUUUCAUAAGGAAGAUGGUUAUGAUGGUCUUUUUCUGUCAAGUGGCCCUGGCGAUCCAGCGAUGUGCGCUGAAACGGAACAAUACCUACGAGCGUUCAUGGCAAAGCCUGACGUGAAACCGAUAUUUGGCAUUUGUCUUGGUCAUCAAAUUCUGUCACGUGCCUUUGGUGGUAAAACCUAUAAAUUGAAGUAUGGUAAUCGUGGUCACAAUCAACCGUGUAUUCAUUUGGGUACGGGUCGUUGCGUUAUAACGGCACAAAAUCAUGGGUAUGCCGUCGAUAAUGACGCACUUGGUGAUCAGCUUGAAGCUUUAUUCGUGAAUGCUAAUGACCACACCAAUGAAGGUUUAUUCCAUCGUAAUCUACCGUAUUUCAGUGUGCAAUUCCAUCCUGAACAUUCGCCUGGUCCUACGGACACAGAAUUUUUGUUUGAAAUCUUUGUAAAUUUGGUGGAAAAUUGGAAGAAUGGGAAGCGGGUAAUGCCAAAAGAGAUGAUCGAAGAGCGAUUUACAUAUACCAGUAAAAGAGAAUCGAAAACGCAGAAAAAGGUGCUUGUACUAGGUUCGGGUGGUCUUACCAUUGGACAAGCUGGUGAAUUUGAUUACUCGGGUGCACAGGCGUUGAAAGCGCUGAAGGAGAAAGGCGUCGAGACGGUUCUGGUGAAUCCAAAUGUAGCAACAGUACAAACAUCAAAAGGAUUCGCUAACAAGACAUGUUUUGUACCAGUCAAUAAGCACUACGUUACACAGGUUAUUAAAAAGAUGCGUCCAUCUGGCAUUUUGUGUACGUUUGGUGGACAAACAGCGUUGAAUUGUGCUGUAGAUUUGUAUAAAAGUGGAAUAUUGAAGCAGUACGGUGUAGAUGUUCUUGGAACACCUAUUGAAACGAUAAUGAAAACUGAGGAUCGUGCACUGUUCAAAGAGCACGUUGAAAGUCUUGGUGAACGAGUGGCGCCGUCUGAAGUGGCUUCAUCGCUGCAAGAGGCAGUUGCUGUCGCUGAAAAACUUGGUUAUCCAGUACUGGUGCGUGCGAGUUAUGCAUUAGGAGGAUUGGGAUCUGGAUUCGCAAACGAUCGUAAUGAAUUGCUUGAAAUCGCACAGAAGGCGUUUGCUUGUAGCAGUCAAGUGUUCGUGGAUCGUAGUUUGAAAGGAUGGAAAGAACUGGAAUAUGAAGUUGUGAGAGAUGCGUAUGAUAACUGUAUUACUGUUUGUAAUAUGGAAAACGUUGAUCCGGUUGGAAUUCAUACUGGUGAAAGUAUUGUUAUUGCACCAAGUCAAACGUUGAACGAUGAUGAGUAUCAGAAAUUACGAUCAGUUGCUAUUAAAGUGGCACGUAGUUUCGGGAUUGUUGGUGAAUGCAACAUUCAGUAUGCUGUCAAUCCGAGUACUUUUGAGUACUACAUAAUCGAGAUGAAUGCACGUUUGUCGCGUAGUUCAGCGUUGGCAAGUAAGGCGACCGGUUAUCCAUUAGCUUAUGUAGCUGCUAAACUGGCACUCGGCGAGCAAUUACCCACUAUCAAGAAUACAGUCACUGGUGAAACAACGGCGUGCUUUGAACCAUCUCUAGAUUAUUGUGUUGUCAAGGUCCCGAGGUGGGAUCUGUGCAAAUUUGCGCGUGUUAGCAAUAAGAUUGGGUCCGUGAUGAAAUCUGUUGGCGAGGCAAUGGGAAUUGGCCGUUCAUUUGAAGAGGCCUUUCAAAAAGCACUUCGUAUGGCUAAUGAAGGCACUGUUGGCUUUUAUCCGAGCACUUUUUCGAAAAUACCCGAGCUUGAAGAUUUCACGCGGCCCACCGAUAAAAGAAUAUUUGCGAUUGCACGUGGAUUGUACGAGGGUUUGUGUGAUGCAAAUUAUGCGUUCGGUAAAGCAAGCACAAUUCAACAACUCACUGGCAUCGAUCUGUGGUUUCUGAGGCAUAUGGAAACAAUCAUUGAAACUCAUCACAAAAUGGAGAAAUACACCUGUCCUGAAUUGCCGGAUGAUCUUCUCUAUCAGGCCAAGCAGUACGGUUUCUCGGAUCGCCAAAUUUCACGUAUCAUUAAAAAUGAGAAAGUGGAAUUGAACAUACGCCGUAAGCGCAAACAACUGAAAAUGUUGCCUUGCAUCAAACAAAUCGAUACUGUUGCAGCCGAAUGGCCUGCAGCUACCAACUAUCUUUACUUGACCUAUAACGGUUGUUCGGAUGAUGUGUCGUUCGAAAACAAAGAUGGCGUUAUCGUGCUCGGUAGUGGUGUGUAUCGUAUUGGCUCAUCAGUGGAAUUCGAUGCUUGUUGUGUGGGAUGUGUUAAUGAAUUGAAAACACUUGGAUAUAAAUCGAUUAUGAUCAACUGCAAUCCAGAAACUGUCAGCACAGAUUAUGACACUUGUGAUCGACUUUAUUUCGAAGAAAUUUCUGUUGAGGUGGUAUGUGAUGUAUAUGAGUGUGAACAUCCGAAAGGUGUUGUUCUUGCAUUUGGUGGUCAAGCGCCGAACAACAUAGCGACAAGUUUACUUGAACUUUGCCAGGACCUGAAAAUAUUCGGCACGUCACCGGAUGAUAUUGACGUCGCUGAAAAUCGCUUCAAAUUCAGUCGUCAUCUUGAUGAACUUAAGAUCUUACAACCACAAUGGACUAGAACUGACAGUGUAGAAGAGGCUGAAGAAUUCUGUAACGAAGUUGGUUAUCCAUGCCUUAUUCGACCUUCAUACGUGCUGUCCGGUGCUGCAAUGAAUGUUGCUCAUAAUGUGGAUGAUUUACGGACGUUCCUAUCGCAUGCAACUGUUGUAGCGAAGGAUAAUCCAGUGGUUGUCUCGAAGUUCAUUAAGGAAGCAAAAGAAAUCGACGUCGACGGAGUGGCUUUCGAAGGAAAAUUAUUAGCUUUGGCCAUUUGUGAACAUAUUGAAAAUGCUGGUAUUCAUUCGGGCGAUGCUACGUUAUUAACUCCUCCGCAAGAUAUCAACAAAAUAACAUUGGAGAAAAUAUAUACAAUUGCUCGUCAACUAUCAAAAGCAUUAAACGUCAAUGGACCAUUCAAUAUUCAGUUGAUCGCAAAAGAUAACGAACUAAAGGUAAUCGAAUGCAACUUACGUGCAUCACGUUCAUUACCGUUUGUCACGAAGGCUUUAGACUUUGACUUUGUCGCUUUAGCAACACGCUGUCUGAUGGCAAACGAUAAACGUAGUUUGUAUAAUGUUUUGAAGCCAGUUGAUGUGGUCAGUGGUGUUGGUCGUGUUGGUGUUAAGGUUCCACAAUUUUCAUUUGCUCGUCUAGAGGGAGCAGAUGCAAUGCUUGGUGUUGAAAUGGUUUCAACUGGUGAAGUGGGAUGUUUUGGUAAGAAUCACUAUGAGGCAUACCUAAAGGGACUUCUCUCAACUGGUUUCGUGAUGCCCAAAGCAAAAAUUUUCCUCUCGAUUGGUGGAUAUCACGCAAAAGCAGAGAUGCUUAACAGUGUGCGAAUGUUACAUGAAAUGGAUUUCGAGCUGCUGGCGAGUCGCGGUACGGCCGACUAUUUCAUGUCAAAUGAUAUACCUGUGAAAACAUUGGAGUGGCCGUUUGAAGAGGAGACGUUCGAAGCGAACGAAAAGACGGCUGCAUUUUCCGAGUCCAUAGCCGAUUUGUUUACAACGAAGGAUGUCGACCUGAUGAUCAAUUUACCGAUUCGAGCAUCUGGCGCUUAUCGUGUAUCAGCAUAUCGAACGCAUGGAUAUCGCGCGCGUCGUAUGGCAAUCGACAACGGUAUUCCACUGAUAACAGAUAUCAAAUGCGCAAAGUUAUUCAUCAAGGCAUUACGCUUUGUUGGACCAAAUCCUCCGUUGAAUUCUCAAAUCGAUUGUCUAUCAUCAGUAGCAUUAUAUCGCCUGCCCGGUCUUAUUGAUAUCCAUGUUCACACACGUGACCCAGGACACGUACAUAAAGAAACGUGGGAAACGGUGACUCGUGCCGCUUUAGCUGGUGGAAUCACGAUGGUUCUUGCUAUGCCGAAUACGAAUCCUUCACUGACUGAUAAGGAAACAUUCGACCUUAUUGAGAAGAUAGCAUCAAGUAAAUCGCUUAUUGAUUAUGCAUUGUUUGCUGGUGGAACAUCAACGAAUAGUGACGAAUUAAUUCAGUUGGCACCAUCGUGUGCUGGCUUGAAACUUUAUUUGGAUGAGACAUUCAGCAAAUUACAAAUGCCUUCAAUCGCAGACUGGAAACAACAUUUCGAUAAAUUUCCUAAAAAUCGCCCAAUCGUCUGUCAUGCCGAACAGCGAUCGUUGAUGGCCGUUUUAGCAUUUGCUAAGCUGACUGCUCGACCUGUGCAUAUCGCACACGUUUCGACCGCUAUUGAGAUUGAAAUGAUUCGCGAAGCGAAACGACAAGGCUGGCCGAUCACUUGCGAGGUAUGUCCUCAUCAUUUGUUUAUUUCGAAUGAUAAUACGAGUUUACGUGAUGGAUGUGAAGAAGUACGUCCAAAAUUAGCUACAUCUGCUGAUGUGAAGGCACUCUGGAAUAAUAUUGAUGUUAUUGAUUGCUUCGCAUCUGAUCAUGCGCCACAUCUAUUGAACGAAAAACAUAGCGAUAAAGUGCCUGGUUUUUCAUCAAUCGAAUAUAUGGUACCGUUAUUUCUAAAUGCGGUCAAACAAGGUCUUCUUACAAUGGAACAAUUGAUUGAUCGUCUUUAUCACAACCCGAAACGAAUCUUCAAUCUUCCUGAGCAAAAGAAUACAUAUAUUGAGGUUGAUCUAGAGGAUGAAUGGACGAUACCAGAGACGGGUGGACAGAGUCAAGCCGGUUGGAGUCCGUACGCAGGAAAGACGUUGAAAGGACGUGUGAAAACGGUUGUCUUGCGUGGAGAGGAAGCGUACGUUGAUGGUAAUUUUGUUGUUCAACCUGGAUACGGACACAAUGUAAGGCUUGAUGAACAGAAAGAAUCAAAAGUAAACGCGAAGAAGUUGUAUGCUGGUGAUGGUGAUACCAGUCUAGGUACAGUUGAUAAUCUAACCGAUGAAUUAACACUUCAAACUGGACUCGUCUCAUCGCCUGAAAAAUCGGCCGAACAGUCACGUCGUGUAUCACCAACCAUUCGCGCACCGCCUUUCGAUGAGCUUUUCAAGCAACGUGCCUUCUUCACAUCGGUUGAUGGUAUGUCAAAGGAGAUGUGCAGUGUUGUGUUCGAUCUUGCCGCAAAAUACAAACGCGAUGUUGCUAAAUUGAUUCCAUUGGAACAUGUGUUGAAGGGUCGUGUGAUGGCGUUAAUGUUCUACGAGGCAUCAACGCGGACUGCAAGUUCAUUCGCGUCUGCAAUGCAACGUCUUGGGGGAUCAGUUGUCUAUUUUGAUCCGGGCAAAUCGUCUGCGAAAAAAGGCGAAACACUUGAAGAUACUGUCAAAAUCAUGUGCGGGUAUGCGGAUGUGAUCGUAAUGAGACAUCCAGAAGAAGGAGCUGUCGCACGUGCGGCAUCUGUCACUAGACGACCAAUUGUAAACGCUGGCGACGGAAUCGGGCAACAUCCAACGCAGGCAUUGCUGGAUGUAUUCACGAUUCGUGAAGAAAUUGGUACAGUGAAUAAUAUAACGAUUGCAAUGGUUGGCGAUCUAAAGAAUGGUCGUACGGUGCAUUCACUAGCCAAAUUAUUGUGUGUCUACAGUGGUAUUACGCUGCAUUACGUGAUACCAUGCGAUGACCUUGCGAUGCCGUCUUAUAAAGUGUUCAAAGAUCUUCGCAAAGGUAUCACUGGUGUGGAUGUCAUCUACAUGACGCGAAUACAACGCGAACGGUUUGCGUCACAAGAGGAGUACGAUCGCAUGAAGGGUGACUUCAUAUUGACGCCGUCAUUGCUCGGCGCAGUAACGCAUCCUGUUGGUGCUACAUGCAAAGGUCGUGAACGUCAACUGCCAAUCGUAAUGCAUCCGUUACCAAGAGUCGAUGAAAUCAGUCAUGAGCUGGAUGGUGACGAGCAAGCCGCAUACUUCCGUCAAGCUGAGAACGGUGUUUACGUUCGUAUGGCCGUUGUUUCGUUGGUUCUUAACGGUACUGCUCGUUUGUGA